UAAUUUUCCUGUGGUUUUCCAUAUUACUACUUUGUGGUUUUAAUAUCUUCUCAACGAUUAUUUGUGAGUAAAUGUUCAGUUGUGUCAGUAUUAUUGACAUAAGUUCAUAAUCUGCUGCGUGGAAAUUGUGAGGCAUUCGAAGAACAGUAAGAAAGCUCCGAAUUUACCACCGAUUUUCAAAGAUGGGAGGCGGAGACCUUAAUUUGAAGAAAUCAUGGCAUCCUUCUACAAUGAAAAAUAUGGAAAAGGUGUGGAAAGCGGAGCAGCAGAACAGCCAGGAAAAGAAAAGAAUAGCGGAGUUAAAGCGUGAGAUUGAGAUGGAGAAAGAUCGAGAAGAUAUGACAAAGUAUGCCAUGGAUCAAGGCGUAAUUGAGAAAAAAGAGGAUAAAAAAUUAGACUGGAUGUAUCAGGGGCCUAAUCAAAUGUUAAAUCGGGAAGAUUAUCUGUUAGGACGCGCUAUCGAUAAACCAUUUGAACAGAUGGCUCAGGCUGAGAAAGAAGCGGAGCAAAAUCGUGCACCCAAAAAUCAUGUAGAAUAUGAAUGCAUACCACCAUCACUAAGAUUCUUUUCGGGCAAUGAACAAGUGGAUUUAGCCAGAAAAUUACAAGAAGAUCCAUUGUAUGCUAUAAAAAAAAAAGAGAUGGAAAGUCGGAGUCAGUUGUUGAAAAAUCCUGUUAAACUGAAGCAGCUUAAACAGCUAUUGGAAGAGCAAGCAACAAAAAGUAAGGCUGAAAAAAAGCAUAAAAAAAGGAAAAGCAAGAAGCAAAGUAAGCAUGAUUCUGAUGGUAGCGACAGUGAUAAAGACUUGGACAAUUUAUUAGCUGCAAAGUAUAAUAAGCUUAAAAAUAAAAUAAAUGAAAAAGACCUACUAAUGUCCGUGAAAAAGCUGCAAAAACAAAAGAAGAAAAAGGAGAGUAAAAAGUCGAGCGAUUCUCAAGAAACCAGUGAGGAUGAAGAAAUAGAAAGAAAAACAAACUCAAAAGAUAAAUCGUGGAAGAAACAGCCUAGCAUUGAUGAAAAUGAAUUUAAAAAACGCAGCCAUAAGUCGAGAGUCACUAGCUAUGAUAUUGAAAGAGGACAUGAGCGAGUGGAUCGAAGGAGAUAUAAAAAUAAUAGUUACAGUCACGAGGAAGAGGCCUCAGGGUCUAAGGACAAGCACAAAAGAACCGGUAGUGUUAACGACACUGAAGGAUUCCAAAAAAAUAGACACCAAACCAAACGACGUCGAAAUUCAAAUGACUUUGGUAGGAAAUCCAGCAAGUCUUUAAGGUCAGAAACAAAAAGAUUACACAGUCCUGAAUAUAGCAGUAAUGACGAAGAAGAACACCACAUGAAAUCAAGAGGAAAUUACGGUCUGAUAAGGUCUGACGGAACUAAAAUUGUACCAUCUGGAAAGUCUAAUCAUUUAGAUACGGUGAAACCGCAUGAAAAAAAAGUGGCAGAGAAAUGCUGGGUACCACCUAAGCGAGAAAAGCUGACAGAAGAUGAAAAGGAGAGACGAAGACAAGAAAUGAUGGUCAAUGCGUCAUGGAGAGAUAAGGAACGAGAACAAAAUGUGAAGAGGUAUCGUGAUGAGGAAAAACGGGAAAUUAGUGAUAAAACUUACAACAAAGAAUUCAUCAGAAAACAAUUAGCUGUUGCGGCUGAGGUAGGAACCGUCGAAUCAAGGAUCAAAGCCAAUAUGAAUAAUAUCCAGAGGUCAAGACGAGCAAUGGACACAAACUUUGCGAAAAGAUAAUCCAUUGCAAAAUAUCUUCUAUGAAUACGUAAAGGUUAUUAUAAAUUAUGUAAAUAAAUGAUUAUGAUUCAA